AUGGCGACACCUCCCUCCACCUGGCGCUCCCCCAGGCAGUCGAACGGCACCGUUCGGCGGCACGUUUGCUUUCGGAGGUUGAAGGGCAUUUCAGCCACGUCGUUGUCGCGUCAGCCACUGCCGUGCAACAGCGGCGUGCAGCCCCCUCCACGCGGUCGCGGAGGCCCCGCGAAGCCUCGCCACACCCCACCCCACCUCCCUGCACCAUUCGUCGACCCUCUUCUUCGCGCGCAGGCCCACCACGAUGAACGACGGCGCCCCGGUCGUCACACCAGCCCACACCCUCCGCCUCGCGCUCCCCCAGGCCGUCGAACGCAAACGUUCAGCGGCACGUUUAUUUUCGGAGGUCGAAGGGCAUGCCAGUCUCAUUAUUGUCGCGCCGGCCAACGCGGUGCAACAGCGGCGCGCUGCCCCCUUCUCGCGGUUGUCUCGGCCCCUCGAAGGCUCACCACACCCCACCCCACCUCCCCGCAGCCUCCCUCGGCCCUCAUCGACAUGCUUAGGCAGACCACGGCGAACGACUGCGCCGACCUCCCUGCUGGCCACACCUAUAUCCAGCAGUGCUCGCGCACUAGAGUCGACACGCUACAUCGAUGGGCACGCACAUCCGCCGCCCGGCUCCUCUCGAACGCCGCGGUCCCACUCCCCUCGAACGCCCCCGUCCCUUUCCCCUCGAAUGCCACGAUCUCAGCACAAAGCACCUCGGUCCUCGUCCGCGCGGGUCAGCCACAGACACGGAACGCGCAGCAACAACGGCUCGGGAUCGUGCGUCGACGGGCACGCACGUCCGCCGUCCCUGUUCCCUCGAAUCCCGCCGUCCCACUCCUCUCGAACCCCCCGGAAUCCCACUCCUCUCGAACGGCGCCGUGCGAUUCCCCUCGAACAGCGCCGUCCCUUUCCCUUCGAACGCCGCCUUUUACGCACAACUCACCGCAGUUCUCGUCCACGCAUCCCACUCUCUCGAACCCCCCGGUCCGACUCCCCUCGAACCCCGCCAUCCCAUUCCCCUCGAAUGCCGCCAUCCCAGUCCCCUCGAAUGCCGCGAUCUCCGCACAACGCACCGCGGUCCUAGUCCGAGCGACCCAGCGAGAACCGCAGAAUGCGGAGCAACAGCGCACGCUAGGUCGACGCGCACGCACGUCCGCCGCCCCGCUCCUCUCGACCCCCCCGGUCCCACUCCUCUCCAACUCCCCUCCAACGCCGAGAUCUCUGCACAAUGCACCUCGGUCCUCGUCCGCGCGACCCAGCCACACACCCGCAACGUGGAGCAACAGCGUGCGGGCACCCUAG